GAAGCCAGUCCACGCAGCCUGCGGAGGGGGCAGCAAGCAGCCCCCACAAAGAGGGGGUUGCUUGCUGGGUACAGUGGGAGCCGGGGUGCCUCCCUCAGCUCCAGCCCCUGGAGCCCUGUGGGAGGGUGAGGGCCGAGAGCUAGGGCUGCCGGGUGUGGAGGGGGCCGUGGUGGUAGGUCAGCUUCCAUCCGCAACCUCUGGGGAGCACGGUACUGAGUCUCCUUGCCGCUGCCUGUUGUGUGGGAAUGAGCCGUGCCUUCUGGCGAGUGGCUGGGACGGUGCUGGUUUGAGCUGGACCUUGUCUGAUGGCUUCCUCCAACCCUCCUCCACAGGCUGCCAUAGGAGAUCAGCUGGUUCUGGGAGGCCCCGGCCCCUCCCCCGAGGUGGAGGACGACCCUGGAGAGGCUUUUGAGUUUGACGACAGUGAUGAUGACGAGGACACCAGCACUGGCCUGGGUGUCCCAGGCGUGGCUUCAGAGAAGGACAUCGAUGACGCCCCACUGAUCCACUUGGACUCCGUCCCCAUCACUGACCCAGACUCAGCAGCCUCCCCACCCCAGACACAGGUGCCACCAGUGGUGAGCAACGGGGAUGCGGUGGAUGCUGCUCCCUCCGGGGUCCGGCGCUCCAGCUGGAAACGGAAGAGCUCCCGCCGGAUCGACCGGUUCACUUUCCCCGCCCUGGAAGAAGAUGUGAUUUACGACGACGUGCCGUGUGAGAACCUGGAUGCCCAUCAACCCGGGUUGGAGAGGAACCUGCUCUACGAGGAUGUGCACCAGGACGGAGGGCCCAGGGAGGCGGAGGACCUAGGCUGGAGCUCCAGUGAGUUUGAGAGCUACAGUGAGGACUCGGGGGAGGAGAUCAAGCCGGAGGCAGAGCCUGCCAAGCACCGAGUGUCCUUCCAGCCCAAGAUGACCCAGCUCAUGAAGGCUGCGAAGAGCGGGACUAAGGAUGGGCUGGAGAAGACAAGGAUCGCUGUCAUGCGCAAAGUGUCCUUUCUGCACAGGAAAGAUGCUCUCGGUGACUCAGAGGAGGAGGACAUGGGGCUCUUGGAGGUCAGCGUUACGGACAUCAAGCCCCCGGCCCCGGAGCUGGGCCCCAUGCCGGAUGGUCUGAGCCCUCAGCAGGUGCUCCGGAGGCACAUCCUGGGCUCCAUCGUGCAGAGCGAAGGCAGCUACGUGGAGUCUUUGAAGCGGGUACUCCAGGAUUACCGCAACCCCCUGAUGGAGAUGGAGCCCAAGGUGCUGAGCGCCCGCAAGUGCCAGGCGGUGUUCUUCCGCGUGAAGGAGAUCCUACACUGCCACUCCAUGUUCCAGAUAGCCCUGUCCUCCCGCGUGGCUGAGUGGGAUGCGACCGAGAAGAUCGGGGACCUCUUUGUGGCUUCAUUCUCCAAGUCCAUGGUGCUGGACGUGUACAGCGACUACGUGAACAACUUCACCAACGCCAUGUCCAUCAUCAAGAAGGCCUGUCUCACCAAGCCCGCCUUCCUCGAGUUCCUCAAGCGACGGCAGGUGUGCAGCCCGGACCGUGUCACGCUCUACGGGCUGAUGGUGAAGCCCAUCCAGAGGUUCCCACAGUUCAUCCUUCUGCUUCAGGACAUGCUGAAGAACACACCCAGGGGCCACCCGGACAGGCUCUCCCUGCAGCUCGCCCUCACGGAGCUUGAGACGCUGGCUGAGAAGCUCAAUGAGCAGAAGCGGCUGGCCGACCAGGUGGCCGAGAUCCAGCAGCUGACCAAGAGCGUCAGCGACCGUAGCAGCCUCAACAAGCUCUUGACCUCGGGUCAGCGGCAGCUGCUCCUGUGUGAGACACUGACAGAGACCGUGUACGGUGACCGCGGGCAGCUGAUCAAGUCCAAGGAGCGCAGGGUCUUCCUGCUCAAUGACAUGCUGGUCUGCGCCAACAUCAAUUUCAAGCCUGCCAACCACAGGGGCCAGCUGGAGAUCAGCAGCCUGGUGCCCCUCGGGCCCAAGUACGUGGUGAAGUGGAACACGGCGCUGCCCCAGGUGCAGGUGGUGGAGGUGGGCCAGGAGGGCGGCCCCUACGACAAGGACACCGUGCUCGUCCAGCACGCUGGCGCCAAGAGGGCUUCUGCCGUGGGCCAGGCCCAGAAUAAGGUGUAUUUCGGCCCCCCGCGCCUCUUCCAGGAGCUGCAGGACCUGCAGAAAGAUCUGGCUGUGGUCGAGCAGAUAACCUUCCUCAUCAGCACACUGCACGGCACCUACCAGAAUCUGAACAUGACUGUGGCUCAAGACUGGUGCCUGGCCCUGCAGAGGCUAAUGCGGGUGAAGGAGGAGGAAAUCCACUCGGCCAACAAGUGUCGUCUCAGGCUCCUGCUUCCUGGAAAACCGGACAAGUCCGGCCGCCCCAUCAGCUUCAUGGUGGUCUUCAUCACUCCCAACCCCCUGAGCAAGAUCUCCUGGGUCAACAGGUUGCACUUGGCCAAGAUCGGACUCCGGGAGGAGAACCAGCCGGGUUGGCUGUGUCCGGAUGAGGACAAGAAGAGCAAAGCCCCGUUCUGGUGCCCCAUCCUGGCCUGCUGCAUCCCUGCGUUCUCUUCCCGGGGCCUCAGCCUGCAGCUUGGGGCUCUGGUCCACAGUCCUGUCAGCUGUCCCCUGCUGGGCUUCUCAGCGGUCAGCACGUCCCUUCCACAGGGCUACCUCUGGGUCGGGGGUGGGCAGGAAGGUGCAGGGGGCCAGGUUGAGAUCUUCUCCUUGAACCGGCCCUCGCCCCGCACGGUCAAGUCCUUCCCGCUGGCAGCCCCUGUGCUCUGCAUGGAGUACAUUCCCGAGCCAGAGGAGGGGGAGAGUGGAGAUGAGAGCCAUGUGGCCACUGACCCUUCGGCUGCAGUGCAUCCGACCAUCUGCCUUGGGCUCCAGGAUGGCAGCAUCCUGGUUUAUGGCAGUGUGGACACGGGUACCCAGUGUCUGGCCACCUGCAGGAGCCCCGGCCCACAGGCUGUGCUCUGCCUGUGCCACAGCGCCUUCCAUCUGCUUGCCGGUCUGCAGGAUGGGACCCUCGCCGCCUACCCCCGGACCAGUGGAGGUGUCCCCUGGGACCUGGAGAGCCCUCCCGUGUGCCUGACUGUGGGGCCAGGUCCAGUCCGUACCCUGCUGAGCCUGGAGGACGCCUUGUGGGCCAGCUGCGGACCUCGGGUCACCGUGGUGGAUGCCACUAGCUUGCAGACUCAGCAAAGCUUUGAGGCGCACCAGGACGAGACCGUGAGUGUGACACACAUGGUAAAGGCAGGCAGCGGCGUCUGGAUGGCCUUCUCCUCCGGCUCCUCCAUCCGCCUCUUCCACACCGAGACACUGGAGCAUCUGCAGGAGAUCAACAUUGCCACCAGGACCACCUUCCUCCUGCCGGGCCAGAAGCACCUGUGUGUCACCAGCCUCCUGAUCUGCCAGGGUCUGCUCUGGGUGGGCACCGACCAGGGUGUCAUUGUCCUGUUGCCUGUGCCUCGGCUGGAAGGCAUCCCCAAGAUCACAGGGAAAGGCAUGGUCUCGCUCAACGGCCACUGCGGGCCCGUGGCCUUCCUGGCCGUGGCUACCAGCAUCUUGGCCCCCGACAUCCUGCGGAGCGACCAGGAGGAGGCCGAGGGCCCGCCGGCCGAGGACGACAAGGCGGACGGGCCGGUGCCCGAGCCCACGCCCGUGCCCACGAGCCACGUGGGCCGAGAGCUGCCCCGCAAGAAGGGCAUCCUCCUGCAGUACCGCCUGCGCUCCACGGCGCACCUGCCCGGCCCGCUGCUGUCCGUGCGGGAGCCGGCGCCCACCGACGGCUCGGCCCUGGAGCACAGCGAGGAGGACGGCUCCAUCUAUGAGAUGGCCGACGACCCCGACGUCUGGGUGCGCAGCCGGCCCUGCGCCCGCGACGCCCACCGCAAGGAGAUCUGCUCCGUGGCCAUCAUCUCUGGGGGGCUGGGCUACCGCCACUUCGGCAGCGCCCGGGGGGGCAGCGGGCGGCCGGCCCCGUGCAGGGAGACGGACAGCGCCCUCCUCAUCUGGCAGGUGCCCUUGACGCUAUAGCCCCCGCCCGGGCGGGCUCUCCCCCUGCCGGGGGCCCCUCCCACCAUCCGGGGUUCCGCGCCCCGGGAGCACGGGGGAGACUCGCCU